CUCUGACAGACUAUAAAACCUCUGCAGUCUGACUCCUCUCUGCUCUUCCUGCCUCCUCAGCAUCUCAGAGCAAGUGUUCAACACAGCUGUUUUCCUGACUGCAGAGAUGGCAGUGCCCUGCACAAUCAUCAUGGCUGGUGUAGGAGUUAUAGCCUCUAUCUUGCCCAUCUAUUUUUUGAGCGGUUCUUCCCCACCUCCACCGGAUCCAAUUCCACUGGACAUGGUUCCUGAAGCUGUUGAUGACAAGUACGAUGGCUGCACUGAGGAAAUGGAGAAGAAAGUUAAAAGCACAUAUUUCAACAAAGAGAAUGUGGGAACAUUGAAAAUGAUCUGGGAAAAAUGUUCAAAAAAUAAACACCCAGAGGAUAAGGCUCUCACCAUAAACCACAUGCUGGCAAUCUGUGUCUAUACAUCCAAUGACAUUUAUGCAAAAUUCAAUCAAGCAGUGCGGACCGGUAAGAACAUCUAUGGCAGCACCUUCCCAUUCCAUUCUUUACAUUACUGGCUGACUACUGCCAUACAAACCCUGCAUAGAAACCAAAAAAAACAAGACUGUCAGACUACUUAUAGAAAAACCGAUAAGGAAUUCACUGGCAAAGUUAACCAGAUAAUACGAUUUGGUGCGUUUGCCUCCAGCUCUAAAAGAACAAACCUUACUGACUUUGGUAACAAGACCUGCUUUAAAAUUGAGACCUGUUCAGGAGCUUACCUGAAGCAUUAUUCAUUGUAUCCAGACCAGGAAGAGGUGCUUAUCCCCCCCUAUGAAACAUUCAAGAUAACCAAGAUUAUUGAAGGUCAGGGUAAAUUUCCAGAUCUGGAGGAUUGUGAGAAGGUCUUUGUUUUGGUGAGUACAAGAGAUCAGAGUAACCUAAACUGUAAAGCUGCGCACUAACGAGAGAUCAGAGUUUCCUUCUACUGAUGGAGAAAAUGCAAUAAAAUGAGUUUUGUUCUGUAAACUAUAAAUCAAUCAAUAAAUCUAUAAAUCACUACAACAGCUGUACACGGUUUAGCUCCUAACAACAUGUCCAUUUCCACUUCCAACCAAAACCUGUUGGCCGCACCGCGUGCCAAAUUAAAAGCCAAAGGCGACUGUGCUUUUGCUGCCCUGGCACCCAGACUGUGGAACAAUCUCCCAGCUUCCAUCAGAUCAGUCUGUUGACUGUUUCAAAAAACACCUGAAAAUGUACUUUUUUAGGAUGGCUUUCCCAUUAAAUUCGAUAAAUUCAAGUAUGAGCUCCUGGCGAUGACUGUAUGCUGUCUGUGUUCGUAUGUGCGUGAUGUCUGUAUGUGUUCCUGAAUGUGUCUUUUUUGGUUUUCUUGUCCUCUUUUCUUUGUGUGUCAAUAUCGAUGUAAUGCACUUUGUAACAUGUUUAAAAAAGUGCCAUAUAAAUAAAGUUUUACUUACUUUCUUACAUUUCCCUGAUUGAUGGCCGGAUCACAUGAUCCUGUUUAAGGUGCGACAGGUUGUGUUUCCACAUCAUUUAUUGUCCAAAAGCCUCAAAAGCCAGUAAAACUGUUUCUUUCUUUUAAAAAUUAUUAUUGUCGUAUUGUUUUCAUUUUUGAUUUUAUUUGAAAUAUUGAUUGAUGUUGUGGUUUGUUACUUUUUAUCAGCACUAUAAUGUUGUUGACAAUGACAGUAAAGCUGAUUCUGAUUCAAUUCAAUAUUCUCAUAACUAACUGAAUAAAGAAUAAACUCAUCACUCAUCAUCUCCUCCCAACAAACACAAACUGCUCCUGUUUGUUUUCUAAGAAUGAGCUGACAGCCGUUUCCUGACAUGUAAAUUCAACAUCAGCUGUUUGAAAAGAUAUUAGAGAAACAUCAUAUUAACAUGUGAUGUUCAGUAUAAUAAUGUUGUGUUUCCAGAUGUUUGGGAGCCUCCUGCAGGUCAGAGGUGGUACUGCUACAGGUAACAGUUUGAGGUUAAUA